AUGGGCAUAUUGGGCAGCGUCUACCACAAGCCAGCCGCAUGGCUCGGCUUUCAGAAGCGAUACAACUUUCCACUGUUCGUGAUCUUUGCUGGUGCGAUGCUUGGAUUCAGCUUAGCAAGGCUUGAGUAUUUGAGCUCAGGCAAAUACGCUAGCGGAUCGAGUCCUGGAGAGUGGUAUUGGCAGAGGGCAGGCCACUAUCGUGUCGGGCUUGUGAUGCAUCUUGCGUGCAUACUACCUGCGGGCCUGUUAAUGGUCUGGCAGUUCGUGCCCGUCAUCAGACACAAAGCGAUCCUAUUCCAUCGCAUCAAUGGCUAUACCAUCAUUGUCUUGAUCCUGUUCAGUCACGCUGGAGCUUUGAUGAUCACUCGCCGUGCAUUUGGUGGCGACCUCUCGAUCCAGGCUGGUAUGGGAGUCCUCGUUAUAAUAUCCACUAUUGCCGUUGCAAUGGCUGUAUACAAUAUCAAAAAGCUGCAGAUCGAUCAGCAUCGAGCGUGGAUGCUCAGGGCAAUGUUCUACAUGGGUACAAUCAUCACGCUGAGGGUCAUCAUGAUCAUCGCCGCUCAGAUCAUUACGGCUAUCCAAUCGUACUAUACCACCAUGACAUGUGGCGAAAUCGGCUACCUCCAGCGGAACGAUAUCGGGUAUUUUGAGAGCACGUACCCGGAGUGCAUCGGCGCUGACGCUCGACACCAUGUCGUGGUACAUGCAGAUUUCGCGGGUGGCAAUACUGAAGAGAUUGGAGCAAGUUUGAGGGUCAGUUUCGGCAUGGCACUGUGGAUGGCCUUAUUGUUGCAUGCGGUAGGCGUCGAGAUCUACCUGAGGCUCACCCCGCGCGAAUCGGAGAGGUUACGGCAAGUUUCGUAUGAGCGGCAGCUGGAGGCCGGGUCAACAGCACCAGGAAGCGCUGGCCUCGUCGUAGAGCGCUUUGGCGACGCCGAUGCCUGGAGACCGGCAAGCGCUGGCGAGCGCGGCGGUGAUGGCGAUGGCAAUAAGAUGUCGAGAUAA